ACUCGUGGUGUUGAAUACAGAAACGUCUAUGCACUCGCGCAUCCUCGUCUUAGUCUGUUUUAGGUUUUUUUUUAAUAUAUAUUUUAGAUCAUUUUGUUAGGUAUUAAUAUAACGCAAAAUCAUGAAAGAGAGAAGAAACGCACAGCCAUUGGUGGUCAGAUGUAAGCUGGUGCUGGUUGGGGAUGUUCAAUGCGGGAAAACUGCGAUGUUACAGGUUUUGGCUAAGGAUUGUUAUCCAGAGACGUACGUGCCCACAGUAUUCGAGAACUACACAGCCUGUCUGGAGCUCGAUGACCAGCGCGUUGAACUGAGUUUAUGGGACACGUCAGGAUCUCCAUACUAUGAUAAUGUGAGACCCCUCUGCUACAGUGACUCUGAUGCAGUGCUCCUUUGUUUUGACAUCAGUCGUCCAGAUAUCUUUGACAGUGGACUUAAGAAGUGGAGGGCUGAGAUCAUCGACUUUUGCCCCAGUACUCGUAUUCUCCUUGUUGGCUGCAAGACAGACCUUCGGACGGAUGUAUGCACGCUGAUGGAGCUGUCCAAUCAGAAACAAACACCCAUCACUCAUGAGCAGGGCUCUGCCAUGGCCAAACAGUUGGGUGCUGAGGCUUAUCUGGAGUGUUCGGCCUUCACCUCUGAGAAGAGCAUCCACAGCGUGUUCCGCACAGCUGCGCUGGCUUGCAUCAACAAGCUACAGCCGCUCGCCAAACCCAGCCCGACCCGCCGGCUGUCCAAACGCCUGCUCCACCUGCCCAGCAAGACUGAGCUCCUCUCCUCCACCUUCAAGAAGGAGAAGGCCAAGAGUUGCUCUGUAAUGUGAGUGGAGAACUUCACCCCCCAUAACAAAAGCUACACCAUUCCCUGCGCUUUGGUCUGGGGAAGGGGGGUGGGUUCCGAUUGCCUCAUCAAUGACAUGUGGAAUCCUUCCUCACCCCCCAAAGAAACACCUUUCAGAACGAGUGGACACCUCGCUGUCCUCCUUGUCCUGAGCUCUUCAACAGUGCAUAUGUAUUUUCAGUACUGUAUCUUGCUUUUAAACGAGAUUCCAUCAUCAGCCGUCACCUAUUCACUCCUGUCAUUGUGUCAGUUGAACCUCGGAAUGAUUCAACGAAGUAAAUCGGAAACGGAUGUUUCAAAAAGAUUCUCAAGUUCAGUGUAAGCUAUUCGAUCUAUAAAUACAAGAUCUGUGGUGUACAAUUCAAAAGAAAUACCUACAGAAUGCACUAAAAUUGUGAAGCUGUGCACAGAAGAGAAGGCGGCCCAUUUGGCAUUGUCACACUAGGUGAAUUGGCGGCAGUGUAGGAAGUGAAAUGUGCCGGCAAUAUCUGAACCCUCAGAUGGAGGAAUAGAAGGAAAAGGUCCAAAAAUAAAUGUAUUAAGACAAUAUAUGAUGCUACCAAAGUCAGUUUUCCCUUCUUUCCUCUACUGCAACACCUUCUUAUAUAUACACGCUUCUAUUUUUAGAGGCAAUAGCUAUCUGAGAGAUAUGGGUGUGACUGGGGAAUAUAUUACAGUGAUUAUCUGUAUCCUAAUGUCUCCUGCUGCUCUCUAGUUUAGGCAACCAUGAAUUUGCAAAGGGAUCUGUACACUAGAUAUGCGAGGGCUCAGUCGGAUCAAAUUUGGCACGAUGAAUAAGCUUUCAUUCCUGAAAAUGACCUCUGGAGAGGUAUUCUGAAACCAACAGAUUCCAAAUGUAUGUAAGAAGGUUUUCAAGUCACCUGGUUUGAGAUGUUUAAGAUCAGACCAGCUUGGGUUUAGUUCGUCAUGCAUCACAACCCUCUAACUUGCGAGUAAAUCGCUCACACAUGCGAAUAAAUCUUUAUUCUGGUCACUAAAUGAUGUCUAAUAUUAGCCAAUGGCUAAUAAAUUCUCAAUUUUUACUUGCCAUUGUGUUAAUUGGAGGCUAAGUAUAAGUUUAGCACAGAUAUAUUUUCACUCGCAAACACUCUGACUGAGCGCUUUAGAGUUUCACUCUCCGUCAAGCGAUCUGUGAUAUUUCUCAGUUCAUCUCCAUGGAUGCACAGCGCACCUGUACUUGAUAUACCGUAAACUGUAGUGUGAAGGAACACAAAUCGCCGUCGCUUUCUCUCAAACACACACAGAGACCAAGAGACAGAGAGAGUGAAUUGACGCGCUACAUUUAAACAAUAUUUUUUGUUGUAUUUUCCUGUCAAAAUAACAGCGUUCCUAUGGAAGUCUUCAGCUUUUAAGAACAGCCGGGUUUCCCGGAAGUGGGUGGAGUUAAUGUGCAAACGGCAAUCUCAUUGGCUGGUGCUCCCCUAUUAUCGUCCCUGUUUUGAUUUCAGCAAAUCAGUUCUAGCGAACGCACAAAACCUGAUUAAUAUUCAUGAAUCCAGCAGCUAAUUAAUCCUUAAUAAUCCUAAGUGUGUUUAUAGUUCUUAUUAUUAGAAUUCGUACCAUUAUUAUCCUAUCAGUAUUUUUGUUAGUUUUUCCCCAAUUUCUUUUGUCAGAAACUUUGAAUGACAUAAAAAACACCUCUCAAGUUAAAAUUUUCAGUUAAAAUGACUACCGUAUUUUCCGGACUAUAAGUCACACUUUUUUUCAUAGUUUGGUUGGUCCUGCGACUUAUAGUCAGGUGCAACUUAUUUAUCAAAAUUAAAUUGACAUGAACC